AUGAGGGUGGAGAUUUAUAUAUCAGCGCGGUGUCCUUCUGGUUGGGAAUAUUUCCAGGGUUCCUGUUACUGGUUUUCGGAUCAUUCACAACCACAGUCUCACGCUGUAAACACUUGUCGUGUGCGAGGCGCUGACUUACCCAAAGUGACGUCGAUAGAAGAGAACAACUUCCUAAAGAAAAGUGGUUACAGUUGGUGGCUGGAUUUACGACGGGAUUCCACGCACAAGAGCAUAUUUAGAUGGAGUGAUGGUUCCUUGGCCGACUUUACAAACUGGAAAUCGGGUGAUCAUAGUGACAAUAGCAAAGAAUGUGUGGAGCAAGAAGACACUGGAGAAUGGAACACUGUGCUGUGCACUACAAAUCGUAAAAUUGCUUGCAAAAAGGAAAAUAUAGACGUCAUUUUGGCAACAGGCACUGUUAGCAAACGCAGCGCUGGAAUUGUCUUUGGCUUUCAAGAGUUUACACAAACAUAUCAUCUGUCGGUAUCCGCGGGCCCUCACAUUUGGGAAGCUAGACUUCCAGACUACCCUCUGGGAUGGGUACACGUGGGUAUCACGUGGAGUAAUCAAUGGGGAUUGCGCUUCUAUCAGAAUGGCGUUCUCACAGUCGAGUCAACCAGUCCCGCACGACUUCUUUACGCAACUGAGAGUACCUUCCCACGGAUAUCAAAUGUAUCAGAAAUCAUGUACGUAAUAUAUGGUUUAAUUGUUUUACCCACGAUUUUUAACGCCAACUGGGAUGAGAACACUGUUGUGUAUAACACAAUCAAUCCAGUCAUCUUUGCGCGUUACAUCCGGGUUAUGCCGAAGACUUGGAAGUCACACAUAUCCAUGAGGGUGGAGUUUUAUGAUUGCGGCGGGUCUGAAUAUAACGUUUUCAAGGCAGAUGAGUUGCUUUCACAAGCAGAGUACGUAUGGACGUUUGACCACUUAAACGAUAUUAAAGACCUUCCGGGAAAAACUUGGGCUGAAAGGAGCGCCCUUUUACAAUCAACCACUGGUGUGCGAGGCAGAGCUGUUUCAACUGCUGGCGGAGCUGGACCAAUCAGAUUACACGACGACUCAGAAAAAUCAUAUCUCGUUUGGCCACUUAAGAGCGCGCAAGUAACGGUAGCUCUGUGGCUUCUGUACCAUAGCAAAGUUCCCCCCGACUUCCAAACUUUCCUGGCUUCGGCAGAAGAAGUGUCAGGUGGAAGAGGGAUUCAUCUCUUCCAGAUGGACGGGAGCAAGGAGGAACUGACAUUUCGAGUGACGGUCGGAAAUGGGCGAUGUUUCGUAAAGUUUCAUGCCCCUCAAGGAGUCUGGACUCAUUGGGUAUUCACAUGGAAAAAAGUGAAUAAUAAACUAUCUGAGGACAUGACUGUGUAUCGUAAUGGGAAAGCAGUUGAUGAUUUGCUUCAGAAUACUUGUGAGGCUCGUAACUAUCCGGAGAUAACCAACUUUGACUUCACAAUAGGUUCUCACACUUUACCGAAAGCGUCUUUUGAUGACAUCAUUGUUUGGUUAAAAUUGCUUUCCACGUCGGAGGUGGAAGAGUUGUUCAGUUACUACGAAGGCAGAGCCAAUCUUCACGUGAAUGUGAGUUUGGAAUUGACUGAUGAAGAAUUUAACCUCGAGUAUAGGAAUAUUACUUCUGAAAUUUUCAAGUACACAUCCACUUGGAUAGAGAGUCAGGUAAGGAGCCUCCAUCAGAACAAUUCGUUGUUAUCAGUGGAUAACUUUGUGUUUUGGUAA